GAGACGGCGCUGCGCAUGCGCCGCUCCAAGGCCCCCUCCCCGGGGCUGCCCCUUCCCGCGCCUGUCCGGGUUGGGGGCGGUUCCGGCGCGCGAAAAGGUCAGCCCCCCUCCCCGCACCGGAACCGGAAGCGCCCGGGGGAGGGUGUGGGGGGUCCUACCGAAGCCGCCGCGCCGGAAGCCGGAAGUAGACGCCGGGGGGGGGGCGCGGAGAGCGGCCGCCAGAGCGACCCCCCGGGAUGUCGCAGCCGCCGCCUCCGGAGCCGCCCCCGCCCCCCCCGGGCCCCCCUCGGCGGCAGCAGGAGGAGGAGGAAGAGGAGGAGGAAGAGGAAGAGGAAGGACGGGGGGGGGGAGGGCCCCCCCCCGAGCCCCGCCCCAAGGGCUGCGUGUUGCCGCCGCUGCCUCAUCACGUUCCCCGACGCCGCCUUCGCCGCCCGCCACGCCAAGCGCCAGCACCCGCGCGACUUCGCCGCCGCCGCCCUCCGCGGCGCCCUCUUCGUCUGCUUCGUCUGCGCCCGCCCCUUCGCCUCCUCCCCCGCCCUCCUCCGGCACCAGCGCGCCCACGCCCCGCCCGCCGCCCCGCCCGCCGCCCCGCCCGCCGCCGCCCCGCCGCGCCCCGCCGCGCCCGCCUACGCCUGCACCGAGUGCGGCCGCGCCUUCGCCCGCGAGGGAGCCCUGCACCGCCACUACAUCCGCCACGCCCGCGGCGAGCUCUGAGGGGCGGGGCCGGGCGGGGCGGGUGGGUGGGGCCG